UAACUUUAAAUUUUACCGCCAUAGUGUCCUCCACGUUGGCACCUGCGUAGUCGCUCAGUAUUCUGCCUUCACGGCCGCAACGAAGGUGAGCAGAUUAUUCUCAAACCAGUUGUCAUUAUACGUAUUGGCUUUUUUGUGUUCAGUAUGAUGCACUCCCAAAAGUGAAAGAGAAGAAAAGAUUCAGUGACUGUCUUGUAGAUCCAUUAAAGGCUCAUACUAUCGGACUUGCGUUGACUUGGCAGAAUUCCAUUGUUUAGAGAAAACAACUGAUCUACUCCUCUUCAGUUAUCUGCAAAUCCCACAAUUCAUAACGAUUCAUAACCUCCAAAGAAAUUCAGAGCGCGAAAUAGCUCAUAUAUCACACUGACAUCUGUGGAUUUUAAUUAAAAUAUGGAUAUAUUACUCAUGCGCAAACAUGGUGGACAAUAUGGCGGUCAAUUUUGAAGUCAGCUGGGCCACUUUAACACGCUACACGCUUCAGGUACAGCUCGUUAGAAGACAUGUCUGUGAAGGACAAUUCUGCUCUGCCGCAGUUGACAGAAGAGAAUGAAGAAGGGGAGUUGUCAUGUACAUUGCGUAAACCUGGGCAGGAUAAUAUUCAUUUUAAGGUGAAAGUUGUUGUCAACCCUGUGGCAGGACAUGGCUCUGCCGAUAUAACAGUGAGCGGUAACGUAGUGCCGACCUCGCAGAAGUUCUCACCCAGUUCCCAUCGCACAGCUCUGCAAGGAGCAGGCAGCCAGCAGCAGAACUUAAAUGGCUCACUGACGCAAGACGGACUCUGCGAUGGACACACUGCGGAGCCGUCUGCAGACCAGGUUCGCUUGUUCCUGCGGUCGCACUCUGAGUUCCUGGAGCGCUUCGUCAUGGAAGAAGUGGAACUGGAGAUUCUUGAGCGUUGGGUGAUCCGCAGUACGCAACGCGCCAAGAAGCGUCCCGACGCUACGAGUACCGGGAAGAAUGCACGGAAGACCAGUUUAUCAAGGUGGAAAUUUUGCGUGCACGCCGACAAACGACAGAUGCUUCAGGAGCUAACCAAGUCGCUUCAGCAGAAACCAACAGAAGCUCAUGUCCUUUGGGAAUUAGCCGGUUGUAUCUGCUCCGCUGUGGGGGCAGAAGGCUAUCGGCUUUAUCUGGCAGAGAAGGGAGACCCAGAGAUGCUGGGCCUCUACCCGGGAGAUGACGAAAGAAUAGAGAAAGGAGUAACCAUGAUGGAGAAGGGGUCAAGCCUUACCGUGCCUGUGUACGUGGCCAGAACAAGACAGCCCCUUAGACUGUCUAGAGUAGACCUUGAUGCAAGGUUCCCUGAUGGACUUCCCAACAAAAUUGAAGCGGAUCAUGCACUAUAUGAACCCGUCAUACAGACUGAUGGCCAGCUGGCUGCUGUGGUGGAGCUGUGGCGUCAUGAUCCAUUCCACGAGGAAGAUGAAGAGAUUGCCAGCAGCUACUUAGUUUGGGGGGGCAUCGCACUGCAUUAUGCGCAGCUGUACCUCAGCAUGAACAAGCAGAGGAAACUAAACGACUUUCUGCUGGCUGUUGUCAAGUCCAUCUUCCAGGACAUGGUGAGCAUGGACACCCUUAUAAUGAAGAUAAUGAACUUUGCACAGAGGCUGGUGGAUGCUGACAGAGCAUCCCUUUUCCUUGUGGACAGUAAGAACAAGGAACUUUAUGCACGUAUAUUUGAUGUCGGAAUCACAGGAGAUGGUGCUGGGGACACCAGGACUGGAGGCAAUACUUCAGGUAGUGAAGAAGCAAUUGCAAAAGUCCAGAACUCCACAGAGAUCAGAUUCCCACUUGGCAAAGGCAUUGCAGGUCAGGUGGCUAAUACUGGUGAGGUGCUGAACAUUGUUGAUGCAUACUGUGAUCCACGGUUCAACCGCACAAUAGACCAGUUGACAGGAUAUCGUACCAAGUCCAUAUUGUGCAUGCCCAUCUUCAUUCGUGGCAGCAUCAUUGGUGUUGUGCAGAUGGUUAACAAGCACUCUGGAGCCUUUAUGAAAGAGGAUGAGGAGGCAUUUGAGAUGUUUGCAGUCUAUUGUGGUCUGGCGCUGCAUCAUGCCAAGCUGUACGAUAAAAUUGCCCGAUCAGAACAGAAGUAUUGUGUUGCUCUGGAAGUGCUCAGCUACCACAACACCUGCUCUGAUGUAGAGGUAGCACAUGCACAAGAAGAUAAAAUUCCAGAUGCUAUCCCUGGUAUAGAAGACUAUUACUUCAGUGUCUUCAAGCUGGAUGACUUUCAGAAGGCCCACCAUGCUAUAUACAUGUUCAAGGACCUAUUUGGACUAUCAAGAUUUGAUAGUGACAGCCUCAUCCGAUUCACAUUGACAGUGAGAAAGAACUAUCGGCGGGUCCCAUACCAUAACUGGACACAUGGAUUCUCUGUAGCUAACUCCAUGUACAGUGUUAUCAAGCAUUCACAGAACACUUUCAAGGCGAAUGAAUGUUUGGCAUUAUACAUUGCCUCUCUGUGUCAUGAUCUGGAUCAUCGAGGGAAAAACAACAAGUUCAUGCUGGACACUGAAUCUCCAUUAGCUGCCAUCUACAGCACAUCCACGAUGGAGCACCACCAUUUUAAUCAGACUGUUACCAUUCUGCAGCAGAAGGGCCACAAUAUCUUCAGCAAGCUGACCAGUGGAGAGUACAAACAGGUGCUGAGCUAUGUGAAACACUGCAUUCUGGCCACAGAUCUGGCUCUCUUCUUCCCAAACAAGGCAAAAUUAUCACAGAUUGUGACUGAGAACUCCUUCUCCUGGAGAAAUUCAGAGCACAGGCUUCUCAUUCAGGCCAUUGCAAUGACAGCCUGUGACCUUUCUGCAAGUGCCAAACCAUGGGAUAUACAGGUGAAGACUGUAAAAGUUAUUUUUGAAGAGUUCUAUGAACAGGGUGAUGCUGAGCGUGCUGCUGGCAGGACACCAAUCCCAAUGAUGGACCGGAUGCAGCCAGACCAGCAGGCAGCAUCCCAGGGAGAUGCAGAAAAGUUGGCAGGCCAUGUGCCCUCUCCUCUCAUGGAUCGUGAUAGAAAAUGUGAACUUGGAGCAAUUCAGGUGGGCUUCCUCACUGGCAUUUGCCUUCCAUGCUACCGUCUCCUAUAUGACCUGAUCCCAGAGACAAAGCCAAUGCUGGACCAAUGUCAGGCCAACCUGGAACAAUGGAGACAAAUUGAUGAAGAAAUAAAAAGACAGAAAGAAAUGGGAAAUGAAGUGGAUGCAUUAGCAUUUCUGGACAAAAUGAUGGAGACAUCUGAGAAAAUCGUGGAAGAACAAGAAGAGACAACUGAUAUAGAAGACAGAAAUUGACAGGAAGCUUACUGGAAGAAGCAAAAUGGAAACAGAUCAUUGCAGAAGUGCAGAGUAUGAAUGGAACACUAACUAAUUAAUUAAAUUGCAUAUAGCGGGUAUUUCUUGAUAAUGUGAUAAAAUCAUCUCAGGCUACCAGCCAUGUCAUGCCCUCCAUCAUCAUGGAAUGCAGUACUGCAUAAACACUGGUGGUCAUGCAUGCACAUAGAUGUGGCUCACAGGCAUGCACACACACACACACAUAUAUACACACACA